AUGUCUGAAAAUGAAGCAUUUGACAGGAAAAAUGUGAAUGGCACACUUUGGCAGGGUUCCAGGGGGCCAGAGAAUGAUUCGUACAUCAGAAAGCACUGUCAGCUUGAAGAAUUCACGGAAGAUAAUAUUACUGGAGAUGAGAUACAUUUGGUGCGAGGAAAAAAGAUAGAAGAAACCACAUGCCAGGUGAUAAAUUAUGAGCAGUGGAUUCCACCACGAGUUCAAAAUCCAAGUGUGGCUGGUAGUGGUGAAAUGGGUACAGAACCAGAUGAUAAGGCAGAGUCCACGGGAACAUUAAAACGAUUGCAGAAACUGGUUCGAACCAAAAAAACCAGUACACAUAGUCUGGAGGAUGUCAAACAUGUUUUGAUCCCCCUCAGUAAGUAA